CUACAACAAAGACAAUACUAAUUCAACAAGGCAUCAGCGACAAAACAAAUUGACAACACCAAAUCGCAAAAUGAUGAAAACAAAAUCUAUGCAAAUAACGACUCACAGCACAAAAUGUAAUCAGGACCUAUCCACCGAAAUUUAUAAUGCUGAAAUUGAUGAUACCGAAAUCAACAAUACCGAACGCAGCAAUACUUGA